CCAAAACAAAGGAUUGAAAAGAGACUAUAUAGUUGAUCUCCUUGACAAGCUGGAGACAUCCCAGAAUUACUAUAAUGAGAAGUACUACAUUCUGGCUAUCAAUACUGGCAUGACGGAUGACCAAGGCAGACCCAUUCCACGUGCUCUAAGGUCAGAAAAUCCUAUAGCUUCAAGAGUAGCAUUCUCAUUUUGAGAGUUUCGAUUUCAUGCCGCACAGUGAUUGCAAACGUCUCCUGGAACCUGGAAUUUGAGUGUUCCUAAUACGCUUCCAUGAGGGCAAGCUCCAGAUAUCUUGGAUGCUUUUGCCAGGCCCUCCGGCAAUCAAGCGCCAACCAGGGCGCCAUUGCUGGGAACAACUCAAAUUCGCCACAGAGCUCGUCGAUGGCAUAUAUCAUUCUCCAAACGGGCUCACGCUCAACCAGCUCUCGCUGGUGGUAAUGCAUGGUGUACAAUAUUACCACCAUUGCCUCCGGGUUGGGAAGCUCAAGCAAAAUCUGAGGUGUCCAUCCGUGAGAUCUGCGCUCUAAAAACACCAGAGGGACCCUUCAAAACUGCAGCUGAAACCCAGCAUCGCGCUUCUUUCCCGGUGGUGUGAUCGUUCAGUUGACCGCAGACACAGCGCAGCCGUGCGCCCAGCGUGUCUCACGCCUCCCCGGCCACCAAUGAUACCUGGGAAGAGGGAGGGAAGAGGGUGAGAACGCCGUCAUGGGCAGGUCGAUCUAGCGGCGCAGCGUGCUCGGGAGAGGGCCGCGGUGGACGUAGUCGCAUGUGGGACGGCCGCGGGAGAGAGAUCCGACCAGGGUUGGCGGGAGGGAGAUGAGGGGAAAGAG